GCCGCCCUCCUCCCAAAUUCUCAGUCAAAUCCCUCGUUGACUGCGCCCCUUUCUCUCUCUCAUCAAUUUAUCGCCGAAUCCUCUCAACCCCUUCUAUAAAACCAACCAUCCUCGCACUUCUCAAUUGCGAGACCGGCCUUUGCCAUCUCUUUCUCUAGUUUCCCAAACUCAACCCACGUAGUUAAAGCGAAGGAGGCUAAAAAGAAAAAAAGGAAUAUAUGGCGCCGAGGGAAAAAACGGCCGCCGUUAAGGGUAACGGAAACGGUAACGGAAAGGAGGUGCAUUUUAGGGGAGUGAGGAAGAGGCCGUGGGGGAGAUACGCGGCGGAGAUCAGAGACCCCGGCAAGAAGAGCCGCGUUUGGCUCGGAACCUUCGACACGGCCGAGGAAGCGGCUCGGGCCUACGAUGCCGCAGCCAUAGAGUUCCGCGGCUCCAAGGCCAAGACCAACUUUCCUACGCCCCCCGAAACCGCGAACAAGAAGAAUAAUAAUAGUGAUAAUAACAAUCAGAGCCCGAGCCAGAGCAGCACGGUGGAAUCGUCCAGCCGCGAGCCGGCUCUGAUGAUGGAUUCCUCGCCGUUGGAUCUGAACCUCACGGACUGCGGCGCGGGAUUCGGCUCCUCCACUGUGAAGUUCCCCUUCCAGCAGCACAACCGGCAGGUCCCGACGGUCGGAGUGUUCGCCGGUGGUAUGCCGGUGACGAACCAGAUGAUCUAUUUCGACGCGAUCGCUCGCGCCGGGCUGGUGGCGAGUCAGCCCUAUCAACGGCCGAAACUCGAUCAUUUCCACUCGGCGGGGUUCGUCCGUGUGGCCCAGAGCGACUCGGACUCCUCGUCCGUCAUCGAUUUGAACCAUCAGGAUGUCAGGACCCGGAGAGCCCUCAAUCUCAAUAUCGAUCUCAACCACCCUCCGCCGCCGGAAAUCGCCUAAGCUUUUCCCGGAAAUCUACGGAUUUUAAUCUCGUUUCCUCGGUUUUUAAUUUCGUUUUCGUUUUCUCUAAGUUAGGAAGAAAAAAAAAAAAGAAAACGAAAGUACCAAAAGCUCGAUGUGAAUACGUAGCUCAUGAUCUCCUUUUUUUUUGCAACAGUGUAACGAAACGUUGAGUUUCCUGCUGUUGUUCUAAGGCUCUAUUUAUUUUCCCUUUUCCCCGGUUGUAAUCUCUGAUUUCACGGCAUUAUUUUUCUUCACUGAAUUAACAUCGAUAAUUUCCCAAAUAAAAGCAUAUGAAAUUCUACA